CCAGUUCCCUCUUCCCACUGCUACAAACCCUUAAACCCUAAUUUGAAUUCUAGAUUAAACCCUAAAUGGCAAAAUGGAGACUUGCGACGGCGACGCUCCGUCGUCAUCUCCGAUCCCCAUCGCCUACUAUCUCUUCCGUCUUCAGGGAUCCGAGCGGAGCCUUAUCUGCGGCUAAUCAGCGUCGUAGCUACGGUACACCUCUCGCCGACGAUGAUGAUGAUGAUCCGAGAGGCAAAUGGCUAACUUUACCUCCUUUUUCUCCCACCAUCGACGCCGCCGCAGUAGGAAAGGAGCUAUUUUCCGACGGAGAUUCCGUCAAAGCUUCAUCGGAUGGCUCUACGACGGCGCUUAGGUGGAUUCUUCGCUGCCGUCCCGAUCUUCCCAGGACUCUCGUACAGAAACUCUUUCGUUUAAGACAGGUUAGAAGAGAAAUGUCUCUGAGCUGUGAUGGUGAUGAACUACAAAGAAGCCAACUUAAAAGGGUUGCAGCCAAGGAAUCCUUGAAUUUAGGUGAUAGAAUUUACCUUCCUUUAUCGGUAAACAAUGAUGCGCCGCCUCCUGCUAAGAAAGAAAGCUUUUGUUGCAGUGAAGAAGAACGCAAAUUCGUUUGCAGCUUGGUGUUGUACAAGGAUCCAGCCAUUAUUGUCUUGAAUAAACCUCAUGGUUUGGCUGUUCAAGGUGGGACUGGGAUCAAAAUCAGCAUCGAUGAACUCGCUGCCACUUGCUUGACUUUUGGUAAAUCAGAAUCUCCCCGCCUGGUGCAUAGACUUGACAGAGACUGUAGUGGACUUUUGGUGUUGGGAAGAACUCAAACGGCUGCAACCGUUCUUCAUUCUAUAUUCCGCGAGAAAACAUCUGGUGCAUCCGCAUAUAGUGUCAAAAAGAACAUAAAAUCCUUGAAAAGAAAAUAUCUGGCACUCGUGAUCGGAUGUCCAAGACGUCAACGGGGACAGAUUUCAGCUCCACUCAGAAAAGUUGUUGUGGAUGAUGGAAAAUCUGAUCGUAUCACAGUGAAUGACAAUGGAGAACUCGUUUCUACUCAGCAUGCUAUCACCGAAUACCGAGUGAUUGAAUCUUCACCACAUGGAUACACAUGGCUUGAGCUUCGCCCUUUAACCGGGAGAAAACAUCAGCUUCGUGUACACUGCGCAGAAGUUCUAGGAACACCGAUACUCGGGGACUAUAAAUACGGUUGGCAAGCUCAUAAAUCCAGGGAACCUUUUGUCUCUUCCGGAAACACACCGACCAAGCCAUCAUUGUCCCCUUUUGGCUUGGAUUUGGAUGGUGGAGAUGUAUCUUCAAAGCAGCCACACCUUCAUCUCCACUCAAAGCAGAUCGAUCUGCCAAACAUCUCUCAGCUCUUGGAACAAUUGGAGGUUUCUUCAGAUUCUGAUUCUUCGGAACACGAUUGCCUUAAAUUCGAUGCUCCAUUGCCUGCUCAUAUGCAGCUAAGCUUUAACUUACUGAAAUCUAGAGUCGAAUCUUGUGACAAUAGUUAGAUUUGUUAUUAAGUUGUUUCCUUUUCUUACCAAGCUUUCUUCUUUGUGUUCUUGAGGUCCCAAGUACUUGCUCUGUGUCACCUGAAUAUUCUCAUACAAAGAUAAAUCAUCAUA